AUCGCUAUUCAAUAUUUUGUAUUUUUUCACAAAAAAAUAUACCCAUUAUUUUGUACCUUUGAUUUGCAAGGAGGGACUUUCAAUGCAAUUAUAAAUCUCAUUGAUUGUAUAUUAAAGGUGCCAUUCAAGCAUUAGUGUUUGAUAUAAACAUAGAGAUGAGCUCAACAACUCCGGCAAUGGUUCCAGUUAUAGAUUUCUCAAACCAAAACCUGAAACCGGGCAGCCCUGAAUGGGAUUUAGUGAAAUCCCAAGUUCGAGAAGCAUUGGGGGAGUACGGUUGUUUCGAGGCAUUGUUUGAUCCAAUCCUGGAUCUUCGAAAGGCAGUGUUUGGGGCUUUGCAAGAGACCUUUGACUUGCCUUUACAAACCAAAAAACUGUGUGUUUCCGAUAAGCCCUUUCGUGGCUAUUUCAAUCCUUCAUCUGGACCGUUUCAAAGCUUGGCGAUGGAAGAUGCUCAGAUUGCUGAAAACAUUGAACAAUGCCUCACCAACACUUUAUGGCCUCAAGGAAACAUAAGUUUCAGUAAAACUCUGGCGUCUUUCACUCAACUAGCAUCCGAGUUACAGAAGAAAAUUUUGAAGAUGAUUUUGGAGAGUUUUGGACUUGAGAAAUACAUGGAUGAGCUCAUUGACGCCGUAAGCUAUGAACUGAGGAUCAUGAAAUAUGAAAAGCCAAAAACCAAUGAUUCAACCCAUGUGUUAGCUGCGCACUGUGACUCUAAUACGAUGACCCUUUUGUAUCAAAACGAGGUUAAUGGACUACAGAUUCAAAGCAAAGAUGGUGAAUGGAUCAAUAUGAAGCCUUCACCCAACUCUUUCAUAGUCUUGAUUGGAGAGUCCCUUAGCGUAUGGUUAAAUGGUCGAUUGCCUUCGCCUUCUCAUCGUGUCAUUAUGAAGGGUAACGAAGAUAGGUAUAGCUUGGGACUGUUUACAAGGCCAAGAGAAGGCUACGUAGUAAAGGUUCCAAAUGAGCUUGUGGAUGACAACAAUCCCAUCCUUUUCAAACCUCAUGACUACGAAGAAUUUUUGAAAUUUUAUUACUCCGAAAUCACUCAAGCAGCUGUUAAAUCUGGAGGUUCAGCUGUUCAAUCUGAGGGUUAUAUAACUCGUCUUAAAGCUUAUUGUAGUGUCUAAGAUUUGGCCAUCAAUAAUUAUUAUAUUGUAGCCAAUUGUUUGGGGUCUUUCUAUAAAUAUGGCUAAAAAUAAUUGUUUUUUUCUACAAUAUUAAGGGUAAGAUAUUAGGUUAAUACAGUUUGAAUAUGUGUUAAAUGAGUGUCUAAUAAUAGGUUUAAUCACCCCUCCAUAUAAGUCAAGAUAAAAAUAACUAGUGUGGUAGAAUUUCAUGUUAUGUAUUGAACUGCAAAUUCUUUUUGCAGCAUUAUAAAAAAAAAGUAUUUCUUUUGUACUAGAUUAAA